GUAGCAGCUGGCGCCUUCAAUGGCCUCACAAGUCUCCAGAGUCUCAACCUCGGAGACAACAUGCUGACCGGCCUUCCCCCCGGCGUCUUCGAUGGUCUAGUCAGCCUUCAGUUCCUGGCCCUGCGAGUGAACAGGCUGGAGAGUCUCCCGGACGGUGUGUUUGACGACCUUACGAGUUUGACAUACCUUGAUCUGUACUACAACAAACUGACGAGUUUACGGGAAGGAGUUUUUGACAACCUGACCAAACUGGAGUAUCUCUUCUUAUACGACAACCAACUGUCCAGCCUGCCUACAGGAAUCUUCGACAAGCUCACAAACCUCAAGGAGCUUUAUGUUACAACAACCAACUCACUUUCAACUUUGCCUGAACAACUGUUUCAAGGAUUAACCCAACUCCACGACAUUUAUCUAUUGGACAACAAGAUUGAUUUCAUUCCUGUCAAUGUCUUCCACAGUCUUUCAAAUAUGCAGUACCUUGAGCUUAGCAUGAACAAACUGCGGAGUCUUGCUCGCGACACUUUCCGCGACCAGACGAGCUUGGGAUCUCUCAUGAUGGGCAGUAACCAGCUUCAAGACAUUGUGCCAGGCAGCUUUGAGAAUCUAACCAACUUACAGUACCUUGAGCUCUCUUGGAAUCAGAUACAAGGACUUUCCUCUCGGACUUUCCGCGGUUUACAGUUUUUCGGCCUAUCGACGUUGGAAACACUGUAUCUCUCUAACAACGACCUUGCCAGCCUUGCUGAUGGAGCAUUUGAUGGACUUUCAAACCUAAAAUAUCUCAAUAUCUACAACAAUCUACUUGCCUACCUUCCUCCCAGAAUCUUUUCAGCUCUGCAAAAAUUGGAGGUUCUCGAUCUCAACGACAACAUGCUCAAAGACAUUUCAUCGCAAGCCUUCGAUGGGCUUCCAAGUUUGCGCUCACUGUACCUGCAGAACAACCUGCUAUCAGACCUUCCAUCGCAGAUUUUCCAACAGGUCUCAAGCUUGAAGUAUCUGAACUUG